GCGCCUGUACUUGUGGGAUGUAUUGACGGUUUGCGCAAUAUAUUGAAGAAGACUACAGACUUCCACAAAUAUUACGCACGUUCAAUAUUUGUACCUUAGUACUACGCAAUACUCGUCACUUCCUUCGGAGGUCGUAAUUUUCGGACUUGUAAACAACUGAAACGGCGACACUAUACGAAUAUGAAUAAAUCGGGAAAGACAGAUGAAAGGAUUCAUCUGUUGAAAUGCAUUCAGGUUUAUAGAUCGCUUCCAGCAUUAUGGAAAGUGAAAUCCGUAGAAUAUAAGAACAAAGACAUUAAAAAUGAGUCCUACAAUAUCCUGCUGAAAGUUUAUCAAGAAAGGUACCCAUCAGCUACGAAGGAGGAUUUAAAAAGGAAAUUUAAUUCGCUCCGAACAAAUUUUCGGAAGGAACUGAGAAAGGUAAAUGAUAGACAAUCAGUAAGUGGACUGGAAGAUACAUGCCAAAGCACCAUGUGGUACUUUGAAGAAAUGAAGUUUCUAAUUGAUCAGGAAUCGCCAGACACGUCGUUCUCUACAAUACCAGAUGAAAAUGGAGAAUACUGCAUCAUGACAGAUUCAGAAACGUCUGAAGCAGAGAUACUCAAGAAGAAUCCUCCAAUGAAGAAAAGGCAGCCAGCACUGGCUACAAAUGACUUGCUAGAACUUGCAUGCAAGCGACUGCGGGAACGAGUGUCUGAUGAGGACCACAUCGGCAUAACAUGGGCUCGUGAACUCCAGAAAAUGGACCCAAUGCAGCAAACCUUUGCAAAGAAGUUUAUCAGUGACAUUUUAUUUGAAGGACUAAUGGGCACACUGCACAGAAACUCUGUGGUUAUAAAUGGCCCAGCAACAUCUUCUGCAAAUAAGUCUCCAAUCACAAAUGUGUCAAGUGCUUCAACUGCCUCAAGCAGUUCACACACUCUGCAAUAAGGCAUCACUCUACAUUUUGCAAAUAUGGCUGAGUUUUCCUAUUGCCAUUUGGUAUUUGUAUAUUAUUUGUU